AUGGGUACUCAGUCGCAGCAGCAGGGUUCUCGCGCUAUGGUUCAGAAUUACAUGAAUGAUCCAAUUGCCAAGGAAAAAUCUGAAUAUUUCACACUUGGAGACUUGUGGGAUUGUUAUGAAGAAUGGAGUUCAUAUGGUGUUGGUGCUUCUAUUGCUCUAAAAAAUAAUGAGAAUGUUGUGCAAUACUAUGCUCCUUGCUUAUCAGCCAUCCAAAUCUAUACCAUCAAAUCUCCAACCAUACUUAGAAACUUAUCAGAAAACCAUGCUAUUGAUGGACUUGAUCUUGAGCUGGAGUCAGUGAGUGAAGUAAGUGGUAGUGAAAAACUCUCAAGGACUUCCAGCAAUAACUCAACAGACUCCACUUUUGAGCCUGCGGAGGGUUCAAGAGAUCCUCUUUCGGGAUCAGUCUCAUCCCGAGAUGUAGUAGUUAAUCAACAAAACGUUCAAAGAAGCUAUGCAUCUUCAAUGAAUGUUAACGAAAAUCGCCUUGGCUAUAUGUAUUUUCAACAUUCUGAAAUUGCCUCUCCGUGUUGGAGAAUUCCCUUGGUCGAGAAGAUAUAUGAAUUUAGUGAGAAGCAUCCAGGACUUCAGACACUGAAGAGCGUUGACUUGUCUCCUGCAAGUUGGAUGGCUGUUGCUUGGUACCCAAUCUACCAUGUACCAAUGAAGGGAAUUACCAAAAAUAUAUCGACAUACUUCCUUACUUAUCAUACAUUAUCAGCAUCAUUUCAAGAUGACUUUGAUGAUGACAUAUGUAAAGAUCUUCCUAUUGAAAAGAAAGAAAAAGGUGGAAUUCCUCUUCCACCUUUUGGGCUUGUACCAUACAAGAUGCAAGAUGACAUUUGGUUAAAUAAAACACAAGCCUAUGAAAAAUUCAAUGAUCUUUAUAGUGCUGCUGAUUCUUGGCUAAAGCAGCUUAACUUUAACCACCAAGAUUUCAAAUUCUUCACCUCAAAUUCCUAUAAUAUGGACCAUGUCUUUUUAUAUUGAACUUAUUUAAAGUCAAGGUCAUGUUAUAUUUUUUAUUUGAUGUUGUAUUAUCAUUUGAGAACUUAUUUUAAUUGUAACAUUUUU